CCACCCUGCAUGAUCACUUUAAGUAAACAACCCCAACUUUUUCAGAAAGAAAAACCUCUAGCAGUAAUGGAGCCUCCUCCUCCAGCGCCACCUCCACCUCCACCACCUCAUCCUCUACCUGAAGAGCAGUACAGGAAUUGGCUGGAUCUGCCCCAAGAAGUGACGGAGUCUAUCCUCAAAAGGCUUGGAGUCAUCGAGAUCCUGACGAGCGCGCAAAAGGUGUGCUUACUCUGGCGUAAAAUCUGCAAGGGUCCCUCCAUGUGGCGCACCAUCAACAUGGCGGCCUACCGGGACUACGACCUCAUGGCGGCCUACCUGGACUCAUGGAGUAUGCCCUACGACGUCGAGGAUAUGUGUCGCCACGCCAUCGAUCUCAGUUGUGGCCAGUUGGUGGGGAUCACACUCGGCCCCUUUUGCACCGACGAUCUCCUUAAGUACGUCACUGAGAGUUCAAGUGAGCUCAGAUACCUUGGGCUUUCAGGAUGCUAUAAAAUUUCGGCGAAGGGAUUCAGUGAGGCAGCUGCAAAUAUUCCAUUAUUGGACAAGCUUGAACUUGCAUACUUUGGGACAGAAAAUUUUCUGGAAGCUGUCGGCCGCAGUUGUCCCAUUUUGAAAUCACUCACAUUGAUAAGAAGUGUGGUUUGUUGGGAUCCUUUCAAAGGCUGUGAUCUUUCCGCGGUUGCUAUUUCAGAGAACAUGCCUGGAUUAGUCAGCCUCCUCCUUGUUGGGAAUAAGCUGACUAAUGAUGGUUUGCAGGCCAUACUUGAUGGUUGUCCUCACCUUCAAUCAUUGGAACUUUUGCGUUGUCGUCAUGUCUCUAUGGAAGGGGAUUUUGCAAGAAAAUGUUCUGAACGGAUCAAAAACUUGCGGUUUCAUUAUUUCAGCGACCAAGAAUUUCGGAAAAUAUUGGAAGAUGGUGGAUAUUAUGAUGAGGACGAGACCAACGACUGUGAAAAUUUUGGGCUUGAAUAUACAAACGAUUGGUAGUACUUAAUUGCUUUGUGUAAUAUUUGCAUUUGUUUAGUUUAAAUUAGUCGCUUGUACGUACGUAUAUAUAUAGGUGUGCUGUAAUUUCUUGAUUUUUGAGUGAGCUUUGUGCUGCUAUUAACUAACUAUUGACUACUACUGGUAAUGUUUUCCACUUCUUAUUGAUAUUACUAAGAGAAUGCUUUA